AUGGCAACAACAACAAAGAUUGACAUUCCGCAGUCUGCAGAACACAUCUCCCCCUACUGGGUGCAGCAGGUACUGCAGAAGGACCUUCCUGGCGUCACCAUCACGGACGUCCACGUCAAGGGAUCUAUCAGCCAAGGCAAGGGAAUCAUGAGCGAUAUCAUCGCUUUUGAUGCCGUGGGGACCAGGAAUGGCGCGAGUCAGCGCUACAGUCUCGUCGCUAAGCUGACAGAUUUCGAGCGGCCGUUGAAGGUACUGAAACAGAGUAUAAAGGACUGGCAGAUCAAACUAGAUGCGCAUGAAAUCAAGUUUUACUCCGAAGCGGUUCCCGAGCUCCUCUCCGUGGCAAACACAGAGCGCAAAUCUGAGCCAUGGAAUGAAGAUGACGAAACUCACCCUGUUGCUAAUCCCCUGUGGUUCAUCCCAAAAUGCUACUUCGCCGCCACCGAUCCAAGCUCCAUGGUGUCCGUCAGGGUUAUGGACAAUCUGAAAAGUCAGGGCUUCUCCAUAAAAGCCAACGGCCAGCCGCUGAGCCGUGAGGAGAUGAUGCUUGCAGCCGGGGCCCUGGCGCAGCUGCACGGCCUGUCACACCACCUGGAGCUCCGUUUGGGCGUCCGUCUUUCCGAGAAGUACGACUGUAUCAUGACUGUUUCAGAUCUCUCGGCUAUGAUGACUGUAUCAGCAGACCACUAUCAGGCCGCUGUGAAGGAAUUCGCCGCAACUUUUCCCGACCAGGCCGACCUCGUAGCUCGCCUGGAGAAGUUAGACCUUCAGCCGCACUUCUCGGAGAAGGACCCGAGGCUGGUGCUCAACCAUGCAGACUGCUAUGUCAAUAACAUCAUGUUCAAGUACGCGGAAGACGUACCCACUGACGUAAGGCUGGUGGACUGGCAGACUCCCAGGUACCAGCCGCCGACCUAUGAACUGGCCAUGCUCUUCGUCUGUAACGCGAGUUGGGACGUCUUCCACAACCACAGGGACGCCAUCCUGGCUCACUAUCACCACAAGCUGCAGAACAUCCUGGGUACAAAUGAAUCCUCGGCCUUACAGAGCUACACGCUGGAACAGCUGAAGGCAGACUUCAAAGCCGACUGUCUCCGCGGGGUCAUCACCCGUUUCAUCCGUCUGAUGAUCCUGCCUGCGGAUCCAGAUCUGCUGAGGAUUCUCCAGGAGAUCCACGAAUGGGGAGUAAUCUAAAUGUAUACAAGAAAAUCAUUACUCAAGCAACUGGAUAGAUUUGAAAGCUGUCAGACGUUUCAAA